AUGCGUAAAAAUAUUCAAUCGACGUUAAUAGAAAAUGAUCGCCGGAAUAAUUUAAGGAAAUUUUGUUCGGGAAGCAAAAAUAGUCGGGCUGAGCUUCAAGAUUUCGAUCGAAUCGAUCAAUUGAGGCGGCAAUACGAGAAUUGUACAAGGAUUUAUGGAAAUUUAGAAAUAACCCAUAUCCAAGUUGAACAUCUCAAUGAAAUGAAAUCUCCAGAAAAGGUGUUCUCCUUUCUCGACCAUAUAGAACAGAUAACUGGUUAUUUAUUAAUUUAUUCAAAUGAAUUCACUAAUUUAACACUGAAAAAUUUGGAAAUAAUUUGGGGCGAUGAACGACACGACGAAAUCGCUGCAAUUCAUAUCGUUAAUAAUCCUUUAUUAAAAUAUAUUAAUAUGCCUAAAUUAAGAAGUGUGGAGAGAGGUACUAUUGUAUUAUCAAAUAAUCCUUAUCUCUGUCAUUGGAGUGGAUCAGUCUCAUUCAGAGAAAUUUUGCAAGAAAAUGUGAACGGUCGGGUGCAAAUUGAUGAAACCAAUUUUGAUAGUUGUGAAAAAACUGAUAUGUUGUGCGCUGAGGAUUGUAAUGGACGAUGUUGGGGUCCUGAACCACAAAUGUGCCAAAUUUUUAAAUCAGUUAAGUGUAUCGGGAAAUUUGUCCGCCAAGUUGUACAUCCGGGAUGUGUUUUAAAUCAAAAAAUGCGACAAAUUGCUGUGAUGAAACUUGUGCUGCAGGAUGCUAUGAUGAAAAAGGCAAAACCAUUUGUAUUAGAAGAUUUUCAAGAAUCAUUAAAGGCAUGCGCUAAGCUCGAACAAGAUUCGAAAUGUGUUGAAAAAUGUAAUGGCUUAACCGAUUAUGAUCGUACAAGAAAAAUGACCGUAAAUCACCAAAGUCCGAGAUACACAUAUGAUCGAUAUUGCGUUGAACGUUGUCCAGACGAAACUUUGAUUCAAGAUGACCACUGUGUUAUACAAUGUCGUGAAGGAUUUUGGCAUGAUCCAGAUAAAAGCAGUCGAAUUUGUGAAAAGUGUCCCAAUAAUGUUUGUCCAAAAACUUGCAAACUUGAAGAAGCGAUUGAUGCAAAUAACAUUAAUAGUUUGUGGAAUUGUACCGUAAUAGAAGGUCAUAUUCAAAUUCUUCGGCACACAUUUCAAGAACACAUUAAAUUCCGUUCAAUAAAUGGUGAAGUAAUUCGUGAAAGAAUUAAAGCACUAACUACCAAUAUGCUUAACGCAUUAAGCAAUGUAAGAGUGGUGACAGAUUUCGUCGAUAUACAAACACAAGAAUUUUCUCCAAAUUCUUUAAAUUUUUUGCAGAAUUUAGCAAUUAUUGAAGGAAGAACUCUUAUUGAAGGAUACGCUCUUACAAUAUAUCAUAAUUCAAAUCUCGCUGAACUUCGACUAAAAUCGUUGAAAAAAAUCAAAAAUGGUCAAAUUUAUAUCGGAAAUAAUCAAAAAUUAUGCUACGUUGAAACAAUGCAUGAAUAUUGGUCAAAUAUAAUUACAGCGAAGAAUUUACCAAAUGAAAAGCCAAUGUUUCGAAUUGUUGGAAAUCAAAACCAAACGUUAUGUGAACAACUGAAUAAAACGUGUGAUGAAUCGUGCGAUGAAAGUAAGGGUUGUUGGGGAAGUGGACCAUCAAUGUGUGUCGACUGUAAAAAUUUCGAUAUUGGUGGUUAUUGCACUGAGACUUGUCCAGAAAUUGGAUAUUAUAAAGAAUCCGAAAAAAUAUGCAAAAAGUGUGAUCCGCAGUGCUUUCGUUGCAAUGGGAGCAGUUCUUUAAAUUGCACUGAGUGCAAGAAAUUUGUUUUACAACAAGGCGAAGCUAUCGAAUGCAUAAAUGAAUGCCCAAUAACUCAUUAUCGAAGUGCCAAUUACUGCCUUCCUUGCAGUUCAACUUGCUACCAUUUUGGGUGCACCGGUAACGGCGAUUAUGCUGGUGAGGGAGGGUGCAAUAAGUGCAUGCAUGCACAGCGCGGCGGUUGUUCAACAUGUGGUGCUUCGAAUAAUUUGCGAUGUUUGAUUGCUUAUGGCAAAGCAAAAGAUGUGUGCAAGGAUAAUAAUUUAACGAAUUAUUAUACGACAUCAGGAAAUAUGUUUGUCGAACAGUUUGAAUGCGUCGAAUGUGAUCCCCAAUGCUCGUUCUGUACUGGUUACGGUAAUUCAGUGAAUUAUCAUCAUUGUCAGUGCACUAAUUAUUUAGUAAAAACUCAUAGUCACAAUGAUUAUUGUGCGGAAACCUGCGAAAUAAAUACAUUUCUUUUAUCCAAUAAAUCCACCAACUAUCCUGGCGAAUGCCUUCAGUGCGAUGAACGUUGUGAUAGUGCAUAUGGUUGCACUGGCCACAGUGCAAAGCACUGUAUAAAAUGUGCAAAAGCUGCAAUAAUGCUUGACGAAACUAUGGUUUGCCUCGAAGAAUGUCCAUUAAACAAACCAUAUCAAGCAUACGAUGACAAAACGUGCUAUGAGUUCGAUAAGCAAGCUGUCGCCUCAAAAAAGUUAUUGUUUUUGCUUCUUCUUCUGGAGAACAAUUGGUGA